AGUGGUGAUGCAAGAAGUUUCUAGGAAAGCAAUAUCAGAGCUCGACAAGAUGGCUUGUGCAGCAGACAGCUGCAUCCAAUUCACGCGUCACGCCAGCGACGUGCUGCUGAACCUCAAUCGGCUACGGAGCCGGGACAUCCUCACAGAUGUCACCAUCCUGGUCAACAGACAGCAGUUCCGCGCUCACAAGACUGUCCUCAUGGCCUGCAGUGGGUUGUUCUACACUAUAUUUACGGACUCCCUGAAGUGUAAUCUGAAUGCCAUCAGUCUGGACCCCAAGGUGGACCCAGAGGGGUUUGCCAUCCUGCUGGAGUUCAUGUACACCUCUAGACUGACGCUGAAGGAGAGUCUGAUCAUGGCGAUCAUGAACACAGCCAUCUACCUACAGAUGGAUCACGUUGUAGACACCUGCCACAGAUUCAUCAAAUCCAGUGACCCUGGCCAGGCCAACAAGCUGCCCAGGGAUGAGUUCUUGGUCGGACCCUUACUUUUACCUCAGGGUGUCCAUGCAUACCGGCCCCACGAUGUGGUCGACAACCUGCCCGGCCGCGUCGGCCCCUUCAGAGACGGGAGGCCCUACGGCUCCAGCAUGUUCAACGGGGUCAAUUCCCCCAGCAACUACCACCUCUACGGUCAGUUCCCAAUCCAGGGGUUCCCUUUCCCUCUCUGCAAGCUGACAGACGCCAAAAAUAACUUCGCUGACUUCUCUAAAGGCGGGAUCCAUCACAAGCACUGUUCCCCCCCGGACAUGGGCAGCGCCAUGAGGGUUGAUUACAGCCGAGCGGUGAGCGGGGGCUCGGCCAGCAUCCACCAUACAGCCAGCUACGCCUCCUCCAGGGAGGAGGAGAUGAGGAAGGAGAGCCAUGACGGAGGGGUCAGCCAGGCUGGUGGGGUGGGAGGCUCCAGGAAGAGAGGGUUCGCCGCGGCGGCCCACGAGCAGCAGAAGGUGGUUCUGGGUAAGGAGCACGGUCCUCAGACGACAGAGGAAGACACGAGCCAGCAGCACUACCCUCUGGGGAUCUCCUCAACCGGACGGAAGGGCCUGGAAGGGCCUCAGAGCCCGCUCAAAUCUGACUGCCAGCCAAACUCCCCCACCGAGUCCAGCAGCAGUAAGAACGCAGGCCUCUCCCUCUCCCAGGCCGGCCGGUGUGGUGCCCUGCCCCUACAGGGCAGCCAGGAUCCCAAGGCACGCAACUGGAAGAAAUACAAGUUUAUCGUGCUCAAUCAGAGAGCCACCAAGGAGGAGGCUGUUGGGCUGCAGGAGGUGGUGGUCCCCUCCCCCCAGCGCCUGGGUCUGCCCCCCUACCGCCACCCCUCAGACUCAGAGCACCUGGACAUGCAGGCCAACACCAAGACCAGUGAGCACGGAGAGGACCUGCCGGUUCCACAGGCCUCCCGACUCCACAACAUCAACAGAGCUCUGGAGGGAUCACAGAGGAGCGCCGACAGCCACUCCUCUCUCUACAUCAGCCACUUAAAGUGCACUUCCUGUGGUGCCCCGCCCCCGCAGCACUCUGAAGUGUGUCCCAACACCCCGGCUUCCUGUUUGGCGGAGGACAUGAUGUCAGAGUUACACUCGGAGUACUCCGACUCCAGCUGUGAAAAUGGUACGUUCUUUUGUAACGAAUGUGACUCCAAGUUUGCGGAAGACGAAACCCUGAAGCGCCACGUGCUGCAGGCCCACAGUGACAAGCCAUACAAGUGCGACCGUUGCCAGGCUGCUUUUCGCUACAAAGGAAACCUCGCCAGCCACAAGACUGUCCAUACAGGAGAGAAGCCGUAUCGUUGCAACAUCUGUGGUGCUCAGUUCAACAGACCAGCUAACCUCAAGACCCACACUCGUAUCCACUCAGGAGAAAAGCCAUACAAAUGUGAGACGUGCGGAGCUCGAUUCGUGCAGGUCGCCCAUCUCCGUGCCCAUGUGUUGAUCCACACCGGGGAGAAGCCAUACCCGUGUGAGAUCUGCGGAACGCGCUUCCGUCACCUGCAGACGCUGAAGAGUCACCUGCGUAUACACACAGGAGAAAAGCCCUAUCAUUGUGAGAAAUGCAACUUACACUUUCGCCACAAGAGUCAGCUUCGAUUGCACCUCAGACAGAAACACGGAGCGAUUACCAACACCAAGAUCCAGUACCGCACGUCUCCCACAGAGCUGCCAACAGACCCGACCAAGGUGUGCUGAACUCGAGCAGGCAGAUAGUCGAACAGACGGGCCAAUCUUGACCACGGCAUUCAAUGACCCCCCCCCCCCCUCCCACCACCAACGCGUACAAUCAUCCCAAAAUUGUAGUGCCACACUGUGUCGAUCAGGUGAUGGUUCAGUAACAUGGCAAUGUGCCAUUCGAAACGGGUCUCUUCUGAGAUGUGAACGUAGUACCAUCUCUGGUAUCUUAGUCAGUUUUAUUGUUUCUAUAUAAAAACGUACAGAUAUAAUUGUGCUGGGAGUGUGUUUUUUUAAUAUAAGCUUUGAAGGGUCUAUAAAAAGCUUUAUUUUGUUGAGAGAGAGAAAGGAUGGAGUGUUACAUAUAUCCAGUUAGAGGAUACAGUAUUUUAUAUUAAAUCACUUUUCUGAAAAGUAUUGACAUUUUCGAUUGGAUGGGUGGUAGUAUAUUUUUAAGGUAAAUGGUAUUUCUGGCUGUAAUAAAGAUUGACGAUAUUUCUAUACAUUUUUCUAAUUUAGAUGUACAUGGUAGUCCAUGUAUAUUUGCCCCUUUUCAUGUCUAAACAACAACAAACAAAAACAAUUCUGAACUCAAGAAGGACUGGUGAUCUAAGUGGACAGAUUGACGCAUAACGACAUAGUUACCACUGUUACCAAUAGUUACCAAUCAAUGAAGUGGGAAGUAUUGUGACAGACUGUGUAAUAAAUUUGAACUAUAUCCACUGGGUUGACCUCUGCUGGCAGAGUCAAUCUAGAAUUAAAAUGUUAAAACAUGCAUUUCGAGGUACUGCUUUGAGUAUGGACCAAGAAGAUAUUUUUUGCUUCAAAAUGUAUUUGUAUAGAUCUGAUGUGUGUUGUUUUUUUGUUUAAGUGAACGUUCCCAGUUGUCAUUGUACUCGAAACUACAGUAAAAGGGUGUAUCAGAUGUUGUUUGUACAUACACUGUGUACUGAAGGUGCCUUCUCUAUGGUGACUGAAUUCAUUUCUAUUCAGCCCAGUCCUGUUUAUGAACAGGUUCAACUCAAGGACAGCACUAGUCCUAGUUUUUAUUUUGUGUGUGUUUAAAAAAAUAAAAUAAAAAGAUUUAAAAAAAAAUAAAUAAACUACUUUUCACCUUCUGACAUAAAUUCAUUACUCGCUGUAAAUCUUCAGGAUUUGUUUUGGGAUUGGGCUUUUUUUUUUUUUUUAAGUUUUAAAACUGCAUUCAACUUGUUGUACAGUUAUAGAUGUAUGCAUGUAAAAUAAAGGUAUUGCAUUUCUAUGUA